UCUACAAGACACUUCUUCUAAUGAAGCCACUAGUUCAUCUACUUCUAAUACUACUUCUACAAAACUACCUUUAUCUGUUUCUCCUAAAAACAACAAUACUAAUACUAGCAAACCUCACCAACCCCACACACCCAACUAUCUCUAG